CCAUUCCAACCAUUGCUUCUCACUGCCUAUAUACUUACUUGAUAUAUUACAAGAACCAAACAAGAAGGUUAAAAGAAUGAAACUGGCGAAAAUGAAAGGUGGGGGAAAGAGUACAGAUUGGAAUCCAACACUCCUUACGUUAAAGAAUUAUGGUCCCAACUUCUUAUUACAUAUAGUAGUAUAAUAAUAGCAUACAUAUUGGAAUCUUUUUCGUGCACUUGUGUUGUGUGUGAAACAUGGAGCAUUCGGAGAGCUAUAUAACUCCGGUGUCGUCUGAGCCCUGGAAGCCUGCUCCGGACACACUCACGUAUGAACAGACUGAUGAGGUGAAUGAUUCUCCAAUUGAGCAAGUCCGACUCACAGUCUCAAUAACGGAUGAUCCAUCGUUACCAUGCUUGACCUUCCGGACAUGGGUUUUGGGGCUCACUUCUUGCGCUCUUCUGGCUUUCUUGAACCAAUUCUUUGGUUAUCGCCAGAAUCCACUAUAUGUAUCCUCUGUUUCAGCCCAAAUUGCGGUACUUCCCAUUGGAAAGCUUAUGGCUGCAUAUCUGCCCAACAAAUCCAUACGCAUUCCCCGAACCAAAUGGUCCUUUUCGUUAAAUCCGGGGCCUUUCAACUUGAAAGAGCAUGUUCUGAUCACCAUAUUUGCUAAUUCAGGCUCAAGUCCUGUUUACGCAUUGGGCAUUAUUACGAUCGUGAAAGCAUUCUAUAAACGGAAGAUUAAUGCUAUCGCAGCGAUGUUACUAACGCAGACUACUCAGUUGCUUGGAUAUGGUUGGGCUGGUAUUUUCCGGAAGUUCCUAGUUGAUUCACCAUACAUGUGGUGGCCUUCCAAUUUGGUUCAAGUUUCUCUCUUUAGGGCUUUGCAUGAGGAUGAGAAUAGGCCAAAAGCGGGCCUGACGAGACUGCAGUUCUUCCUUGUGGUCCUUAUAUCAAGCUUCUCAUACUACAUCGUGCCUAACUUUCUGUUUCAAUCCAUAACUGCUCUCUCCUUUGUCUGUUGGAUAUGGAAGGACUCUGUCACAGCACAUCAAAUUGGUUCUGGUCUCCGUGGCCUCGGUAUUGGCUCAUUUGCUCUUGAUUGGGCAACUGUUUCAGCAUUCUUGGGAAGUCCCUUAGCCACCCCUGGAUUUGCUAUCGUGAAUAUCCUGGCUAGUUUUAUUAUAGUUCUCUACAUUAUGAUCCCAAUUGCCUACUGGAACAACUUGUAUGAAGCCAAACGAUUUCCAAUUUACUCUACACAUGUGUUCAAUGCUGAUGGAGGGUUAUACAAUGUUUCAAUUAUUUUAAACGAGAAAACCUUCCAGUUCAAUCGGCAAGGAUAUGAUGAUUAUAGCAAGAUUAAUUUGAGCAUCGCGUUUGUAUUUGCCUAUGGUCUAAGCUUUGCAACAUUGGCUGCCACAAUAUCUCAUGUUGCACUCUUCCAUGGGAGAACAAUUUGGCGACAAACAAAGGCAUCUGUGCAAGACAAUUUUGGUGAUGUCCACACUAGACUAAUGAAGAAAAACUAUGAUCCUGUCCCUCAGUGGUGGUUUCACUCAAUCUUGAUAGUGGUAAUUGGACUAGCAUUGCUUACCUGUGAAGGGUUUGGCAAACAAUUACAGCUUCCUUAUUGGGGAGUCCUAUUGGCAAUUGCUUUGGCUCUGUUCUUCACCCUUCCAAUUGGUGUGAUUACAGCUACGACAAACCAGCAACCAGGACUAAAUGUCAUCACCGAGCUAAUUAUUGGUUACAUGUAUCCGGGGAAACCACUUGCCAAUGUGGCCUUCAAAACCUAUGGUUACAUAAGCAUGUCACAAGCCAUUACAUUUCUCUCCGAUUUUAAGCUAGGUCACUACAUGAAAAUCCCUCCAAAAUCCAUGUUUGUUGUUCAGUUAGUGGGAACAAUAGUUGCAUCAUCGGUCUAUUUCGGAACAGGUUGGUGGCUCCUGACCACAGUGGAAUACAUAUGCGAUCCAUCUAAAUUGCCUGAAGGAAGCCCGUGGACAUGCCCUGGAGACGAGGUAUUCUACAAUGCAUCAGUGAUAUGGGGUGUUGUUGGCCCUCGCCGCAUGUUUGGUAGCCUUGGCCUAUAUUCCAAGAUGAAUUAUUUCUUUCUGUUUGGGAUUCUUUCACCUUUGCCUAUUUGGUUCCUUUCUCGAAAAUUUCCGGAGCAGAAAUGGAUAAGGCUAAUAAACAUGCCCAUUCUUCUGUCAAGUGCCCCGGGGCCACCAGCCAGGGCCGUAAACUACAUCUCUUGGUUGGCUGUGGGCAUUUUCUUCAACUUGGUCGUGUAUAGGAGGUUUAAGGGUUGGUGGGCAAGGCAUAACUACAUUCUAUCCGCAGGGCUUGAUGCUGGGGUUGCUUUCAUGGCCAUACUUUGCUACUUCACAUUACAGGGACACGAUAUCAACGGACCCGCGUGGUGGGGUAUGGAGUUAGAUGAUCAUUGCCCUUAUGCAAGUUGUCCUACUGCCCCUGGUAUACAUGUUGAAGGGUGUCCGCCCCUGGUUAAAGCUUGAAGACUGUCCUCCUCUCUUCCAUAUAUUGUUAGAUUGUUAUGUACCUUAAUUUUGGUUAAUGUAUGCACAGGACUACCAAGUUCUGUAAUACAACUAAAUUAAAGAUGCACACACCCGAGAAACAAACAUAAAAAUGUUUGGUGUUCCUAUCUAUUCAUCCAACUUGAAAGUUCAAAGAAGAAUAACUCUGCAUA